AUGGGAACUGUCUACCUUGACCAUGCAGGAGCCACCCUGGUCCCCCAGAGCCAGCUCACAAGCUUCACUCAUGAUCUCAUGGAGAAUGUUUAUGGUAAUCCUCACAGCCAGAACAUCAGCAGCAAGCUCACCCACGACACCGUGGAGCAGGUGCGCUACAGGAUUCUGGCACAUUUCCACGUCUCCCCAGAUGACUACAGUGUGAUUUUCACGGCUGGGAGCACGGCUGCUCUUAAACUGGUGGCAGAGGCCUUCCCGUGGGCGCCCCGGGGUCCGGAGAGCAGCGGGAGCCUGUUCUGUUACCUCACUGACAGCCACACCUCUGUGGUGGGCAUGAGGACGGUCGCCACAGCCAUGGGCGUCAUUUCCAUCCCGGUCCGGCCGGAGGAUAUGUGGUUGGCGGAGAAAUGGGAUGCUGGCACCAGCAACCCCGAGUGCCAGCUGCCGCAUCUCUUCUGUUACCCAGCUCAGAGUAACUUUUCUGGAACCAGAUACCCUCUGUCCUGGAUAGGAGAGGUCAAGUCUGGGCGGAGGUGCCCCGUGAGCGCUCCUGGGCAGUGGUUCGUGCUGCUGGAUGCGGCCUCCUACGUGAGCACCUCACCUUUGGACCUGUCGGUUCACCAGGCCGAUUUCAUUCCCCUCUCCUUCUAUAAGAUCUUUGGCUUCCCCACCGGCCUGGGGGCCCUGCUGGUGCAUAAUCGUAUGGCUCCUUUGCUGAGGAAAACCUACUUUGGAGGAGGCACAGCUGCUGCGUACCUGGCAGGAGAAGACUUCUAUGUCCCGAGACAGUCAGUGGCAGAAAGGUUUGAGGAUGGCACCAUCUCGUUUCUUGACGUGAUAGCGCUCAAACAUGGAUUCGAUGCCCUAGAGCGCCUCACAGGUGGAAUGGAGAACAUAAAGCAGCACACCUUUGCCUUGGCUCAGUACACCUACGCUGCCCUGUCCUCUCUCCAGUACCCCAACGGGGCUCCUGUGGUGCGGAUUUACAGCGACUCUGAGUUCAGCUCGCCAGAGGUUCAGGGCCCAAUCAUCAAUUUUAAUGUGCUCGAUGACAAUGGGAACAUCAUUGGUUACUCCCAGGUGGAAAAAAUGGCCAGUCUUUACAACAUCCAAGUGCGAACUGGCUGCUUCUGUAACACUGGGGCCUGCCAGAGGCACCUGGGGAUCAGUGACGAGAUGGUCAAGAAAUAUCUUCAGGCUGGUCAUGUCUGUGGAGAUGACGUGGAUCUCAUAGAUGGCCAGCCUACAGGGUCUGUGAGGAUUUCCUUUGGAUACAUGUCUACUCUUGAGGAUGCCCAAGCCUUUCUCAAGUUCAUCAUAACCACCCGACUGCACCCGUCAAGUGGCCAGCCGGUCCCUCAGGCCACCCCCGGGGAGGCUGAAGCCGUACUAGCAGAGAGCGAGGCUCAGAACACUGUGGACAGAUGUCGCCCCUCAUCCCAGGAAGACACCCCCACAGCCUCCAGGGUUUGGAAUGACUUGCCCACUGCUUUGGGUGCUGUGUGUUUGCAACCACCUCUGCCAGAGGCCACCAGGACCCCGCAGACCCCUGCAGAGAAAGCUGCAGGAGUCCUUGAUGGGGACCUUGAGCCACAUGUCAUCACCAACCUUUUCCUCUACCCGAUCAAAUCCUGUGCCGCGUUUGAGGUGACCACGUGGCCUGUAGGAAGUCAAGGGCUGCUGUAUGACCGGAGCUGGAUGGUUGCGAAUCACAAUGGCAUUUGCCUGAGUCAGAAGCACGAGCCCCGGCUCUGCCUGAUCCAGCCCUUCAUUGACCUGCAGCAAAGGGUCAUGGUCCUUAAAGCCAAAGGAAUGGAGCCUAUACAGGUGCCUCUUGAGGAAAAUGGUGAACAGGUUCGGAUUUGCCAAAGCAAGGUCUGUGCGGACAGGGUAAAUACUUAUGACUGUGGAGAAAAAAUUUCAAGCUGGUUGUCAAAGUUUUUGGGCCGUCCAUGUCAUUUGAUCAAACAAAGUUCAGACUUUCAAAGAAAUUCGAAGAAGACACGUGGCAAAGGUCCGUCUGCUGGUACAACAGCCACUCUUUCUCUGGUGAAUGAGGCCCAGUAUUUGCUGAUAAACAGAUCCAGCAUUUUGGAACUUCAGCAGCAAUUAACCGCCAGUGAUGAGAAUGGAAAGGAGGAAUUAUUCCCGAUGAAAGAUCUCAUCUCACGUUUCCGUGCCAAUAUUAUUAGCAACGGAACAAGCGCUUUCGAAGAAGAGAAAUGGGAGGAGAUUUCAGUUGGCUCCUUACGUUUCCAGGUUUUGGGGCCUUGUCACAGAUGCCAGAUGAUUUGCAUUGACCAGCAAACUGGGGCACGAAACCAAGAUGUUUUCCAAAAGCUUUCUGAGUAUCGAGAGAGAAAGGUGAACUUUGGAGUGUACCUGAUGCAUAUGCCUUUGGAUUUGUCUUCUCCACGUUUCCUGUCCGUAGGAUCUCAGGUGCUCCCUGUGUUGAAGGAAAACGCGGAAUGCCACGAUCGAUCACCUUCCGAGAAACAUCAGAAUGUUAUCUCCUAAGAUGAGGUUUUUUUCCCCCAGACAAAAUUAAAAUUUCCCUUUUAUGACUAUCUCUACUCUUAUUAAGAUCAUCAUGUGGUCCAGUGGAACUCGGUCUUCUCCCCU